AUGGAAGACCGUCCUUUCUACCCCUCCACUCGAGGGAAAACUCAGAUAACCUCUCUGAGAAUUGGUGUGCGUCACAGAAUGGCUUCCCGCCGUCGUGAACCCACUUAUCACAUCCAGCAAGGAUUGAACAACCUGACGUUAAGGCACAUGAGUACUCUUUUCUGCGAGGCUAUAAUGAACACUCCCAAAGAGCCCAAAGUUAAGACUCCUACCAUUGAGGCCUACAAUGGAACCUCUGUCCCGGAUAUUCACUUAGUUGCAUACCGUCACCAUAUGUAUGUGCAAGGGACCAAUGAGGCCACAUGGUUUAUGGCAUACAAGGAAGAAAGGAAUACGAGUAUGCAUCUAGGCCGCAUUCAGCAUGGAAAAGACGAGUCUUUGCAAAGCUAUGUAAAACGCUUCAACAUGGAAGCUGGACAAAUUCUAGACCUUCCUGAUGACGUUUCCUUCAAUAACUUCAUCAGGGGAUUAAAGAAGGGAUCUGUGUCCAAAGAUGGAAAGGCUGGGGAAGCAACAGAAUCAUCCGGGAAAAAAGAAAGGACUGAUCGGAAAAUCACACGGGUCAAUGGCACCUGGGCACUAUCUAAAGAGGAAGACCCCACCUCUACUGGACAAAAGAGGGGACGACCGCAAGAGAAGGAAUUUUUUGAGUAUAACAUGGAUCUCCUUACCAUUCUGGUAGAUGUAGGGACCAGAUUCGACGUAGAACGGCCAUUUCCAAUGAAAUCUCCCGCUGAGAGUCGAGAUCCCAAGUUAUAUUGCCAGUUUUACGAAGAUAUAGGUCACGAUACCAAAGACUCUAGAAGUCUGAAAAGGGCUCUGGACGGGCUGGCUUCCAAAGGGCACUUGAAAUGUUAUCUGCAGAGGAACACUCACGGCACGGGAAAAAGCCAUUACAAGAAGAACAAAUCACCCAUUUCAACUGGAGAAGGAAAUCAAACUGAGGGGGGAUUCACAGCUAUCAUAUCAGGAGGCUCCGCCUCCGGGGGACCAACCACGAGGGGACAAAAAGACUAUGCUCGUCGAUUGGGACAAGUAAUGCUAUCAGGAAAGUCACCAAUGGACCCUUUCCCCCGAAUUGAAAUCUGUGAGUCCAAUGGAGGACGCAUAGCCACUCCACAUGAUGAUCCAUUAGUCAUAGAAAUCAAGAUCUUCAACAUGAGAGUAAAGCGUAUACUUGUAGAUACGGGAAGUUCGUCUGACAUAAUGAGUAUGGAGUGCUUAAGCCGCCUAGCCCAUGAUCCUAAGACAAUCGAAAGCAUUCACUAUCCCAUCAUUGGCUUUGGGGGAAGCAUCAUACACCCCGUAGGCGUCAUAACCCUACAUAUAAAAGCCGUGGUUGUCACUCAUUUAAUGCUCUUAAAAUACGUAUGUGACGACGGUUCGAAAGGAACUAUUCAUGGAGAUCAACAACAAGCAGGAGACUGCUAUCUAACCACUCUCAACCCGUCCACAUGGAGGAAGGAGCCGGACGGAACCGGAGUCAAAAGAAAGCACGAAGAAAGUCCCCCAACACCGAAAGAAGGUAUCUCUGUCAAGUUGAAGAAAGUGGCUAGAUCACAGCCCACUCAAUAG